AUGGCGGCAUCGAGACGAGGUACGGGCAUCGACCUCGGGUCCAAGUAUUCCCGAGUGGCUGUGUGGCUAAAUGAUCGCGUAGAGAUCGUGCCUAGCAAGUCCGGCGACCGAUUUACGCCGACGAUCGUGGCGUUCACAGAGACCGAAGUGCUCAUCGGCGAGCCUGCCACUCACCAGUUGCUGCAGAAUGCGCAAAACACGAUCUUCGACAUCACGCGCUUGAUCGGCCGCAAGUUCUCGGAUCCUGAGAUCCAGGAAGGCAUCAAGCUCUGGCCCUUCAAGGUGGUCUGCGGCCCGGAUGACAAACCCCUAGUGGUGGUGACGUUUAAGGGCGCGUCGAAGUCAUUUGAAGCAGUGGAGAUCCUUGCCAUGCUUCUGUCGGAGUUGCGUUAA